AUGCUGUCCUUUACUACAGUGGUGGUGGCGCAAACCGAUUUAGUGAAGUAUAUUCUUACCAGACUUAUGCUUAGGGGUCGGAUUGGUAAGUGGAUCUUGGAGCUAUCAGAGUUUUCUUUACAGUAUACACCCUUAAAGGCGCUCACAGGACAGGCAGUGUCUGACUUUUUGUUACAUCAUCCUAUUAUGGAGGACAUCGAAGACCAGAACUUGGUUGUUUCCUUUGUUCACACUCAUACUUGGGUUCUUUAUUUUGAUGGUAGCAGCACUGAUCAUUUAUUAGGAGCGGGUGUUGCAUUGGUUAAUCCUUCCGGAGUCAGACAUUGUUCCUCUUUUCAGCUAGAAUGGAAGUGCACUAACAAUCAGGCAGAAUAUGAGGCCAUCAUCAUUGGCCUAGAGCUGUUGCUUGAUCUGGAGGUCACCGAGGUUGAGGUAUUAGGUGAUUCACUCCUAGUUAUUAACCAGCUCAAGGGUGUCUAUAAGUGUAACAAUUUUACAUUACUCCCUUUUUGGGAGCGAGCAUCGGAAUUGUUAGACCAAUUUGCAGACGUGGUGCUUAACUAUAUUCCUCGAGAACGAAAUUUCGCUGCUAAUGAAUUAGCACAGUUGGCUAUGGGCAUUCCCUUGGCAGACGGCGUUCGCGAGAGGAUUUUGAAGGUUCAGAGACGCACAUUACCUUCCUUUAUGGCAAGGAAAGAGGUUAACGAUGAAUGGUUGGUGGCUGUUAUUGACACUAUUGAUGUGGAUUGGCGGCAACCGAUUAUCCAGUACCUUACUGAUCCUUCUGCACCGGUGGACAAGAGGGUUAGAUAUUUUGCUACUAACUACGUCCUUCGAGGCGGUGAACUAUUGCGCCGGGCCGAAGAUGGCUUGUACCUGCGAUGCAUCUAUGGAGCUGAGGCUAAGAGGUGCUUACGAGAGGUUUAUUGUGGCAAUUGUGGUUCUCACCAAGCUGGUCCAAAGAUGCGAUGGCUCAUUCACCGAUAUGGUUUCUAUUGGCCUACCAUGCUCAAGGACUGCAUCACCUUCGCGCAGGGUUGCAUUGAAUGUCAAAUGCAUGGACCAGUCCAGCAUGUGCCUGACGUUCCUCUGCAACCAAUAAUUAAACCUUGGCCAGGUCGCGGAUGGGCUUUAGACUUUAUUGGGGAGAUUCAUCCCAAUUCUUCUUUACAACACAAGCACAUUCUACUGGCUACAGAUUUCUUCAUCAAGUAUGGCAUUCCAGAAUGUUUGAUGGCAGACAGGGGGGCAGGUUUCAUGGCUGAAAAGACUCAGACAUUCUUAACUGGCUAUGGGAUCAGGUUUCUGCAUUCCAGUCCUUAUUAUGCUCAAGCAAAUGGCCAGGCAGAAGCUAGCAACCGUGUCAUUAUGUCUAUACUCAAACGAAUGUUGGAUGCAAAUCCGCGAUCUUGGCAUACAGAGUUGGAUCACACGUUAUGGGCUUAUAGAACUUCCAAACGCACUCCAACUGGUACUACACCUUAUGCUUUGAUGUAUGGACAUGAUGAACACCAGUUGAUUGGUGAGGACUAUGUUCAAGCUAUGUAUCAAGAGCAUGAGGACUUGGACUCUCGACGGAUGGAAGCUCUCGACAAUCUUAUUGCAGAAAAGAAAAAGAUAGCACGGCUAUAUGAAAAACGCACGAGAGGACGCAGCUUUGGAGUUGGGGACUUAGUUUGGAAAGCUUCUUUGCCUUAUGGUGAGCGAGUUGAUGGUCGUGGUAAAUGGUCUGCUAAAUGGGAAGGUCCUUUUGUGAUUCAUCGAGUAAUGGGCAAAGGCACUUACUACCUGUGA